UGGAAGUUAUCGCUGGGCAUUUUAUUUUGAAAAGACGCAAAGCAGUCGUUUUCCUGUUUAGCUGUCUGCUCCGCGGCUGUUUCAUCUGCAUGAUAGAGAAAAUAUCCUCGAAGUUUUAAGAGGACGGAAAUGUGCGUCGUGGUAGUGAGGAAGCCAUGACAGACGCGUAGUUUGUGAGAAAACGGCGCCAUUUCCAGCGUUCCUGAGUGUAAAGCUGCUGAAAAAAGGAAACGAUUGUGUAAAAUCGUCCCAUCAAUGUGAUGACAGCCGCUUCCAUUUUCCUGCAGCUCCGUCUGAAGUUGUUCUGGAUUUCCUGCCUGUACUUUGGCAAACGCUCCUGCGGGCGAGACCGCGGGGCCGCUGCAGGCGAUGCCACCGGUGGAGCAGAUGAGGCGUGAGAAAGGCACAUGUACGGGAGCUCGGCGAGCCCAUGUGAUGCUGCCCGUUCACGGCUGACGGAGCGUCGGUAUCCUCGGGCAUCGCUGCCAAGCUGCCAGUCUGUGCCGUCACACCUUGCUGCUUUUAAAGAUUGCCCUGCAGAGACGGGGGGUGGGGCGGGGGGUGCAGAGGGCUUCCUAACAGCACACAGUCUGGCGGCCCAGGAGGGUUUACGACUCCGGAUCCGUGCCAAGAACGGCCCACCGGAGACGGGGGGGAUGCAGGGAGAUGCUCGUCAGGCCCGUGUCCGUCACAUUCCCACAAGGUGUUUGUGUGCAGAGAGAGGCAGCAACACUACAGGUCAAAUCAAUUCAUCAAGCUGCCUUUAUGAUAUGCUGAAAGAAAGAAGAAAGUGUGCACAUGUAAUAAAGCGUCACACACGCUUUGCCUUUUCUCAGUAAUCCACACAAAUGGCAGUGGAUGGCAGAAUGUAAAUGAGCUGGUUAUUACACAGCAACGUUCAUCAAGCCGAGCUGGAAAGACUUCAAUGGCCCUGAUGAAUAUGCAUGCAAAUUUGUUAAUUAAGUUAAUUAUUCUGCUGAAAAUUCAUUUGUCUUCCCAAGGACAUUUCUGCAAUGAUUUUAACAUUUUCCACCAUUAGUCAUGCAAGGUGCUAUUGAAAAACGCUCCUGUUCACCUUUUUGGGAAGUCGUGGCCGAAAGGGGAGAUUCAACACCUACAAACGAGGAAGAGGAGGAACGACACGAGCCAGCGAGGGAAGGCGCUCCGGGGAUGUGGAGUGUUGUUGGGAGCCUCACCAUGGCAUCCUCCUCAGUGGGAGACAGACAGCUGCAGAGGAUCAUCAAAGACCUGCAUGAUGCUGUGAUUGAGUUGUGUAAAGAACACAGGGACUGUGGUGAGCCCAUAACGGACGACUGCGCAAACCUCCACAAGUUCUUCUAUAAACUGGAAUAUCUUUUGCAGUUUGAUCAGAAAGAAAAGACGACCUUCCUCGGCCAAAGAAAAGACUACUGGGAUUACUUCUGCGAGUGCCUGAUGAAGAUCAAGGGACACAACGACGUCAUCCGGUUUGUCAAGUCCAUCCCUGAGCUGAAGACUUCUCUGGGGAAGGGCAGGGCCUUCAUCCGAUAUUCACUCGUUCACCAGCGUCUCGCCGACACGUUGCAGCAGUGUCUUAUAAACCAGAAGGUCACGAGUGACUGGUACUACGCCCGGAGUCCUUUCCUGAAGCCUCACCUCACGGCGGACAUCAUCAACCAUCUGUACGAACUCAACCAGAUCCAGUUCGAUGUGGCCGCCAGAGGCUACGACCUCGACGCAGACUGGCCCGUAUUCGCCAGACGAACUCUAGGAACCUGCUCACCUGCGUACCUGUGGAAGCCUCCGAGUCGUUGCUCCAGCAUCAACAGCCUGUCCAGCAGCUUCUCACACACUCAGGCGCAGGAGAUCCAGGUCCCAGACCUGAACCACAGCCUCCUGGGCGAGCUCGGCGAGUUGGCAGAACCUGCGUCCUGCAGCGCUGAAGAAAACCUUCGACUGGAGCUCGACCAGUCCGAGCUGCGGCAGCAGGAGCUCCUGGUUCAGGUUGAGGGUUUGGGGCGGGAGGCCGCUGAGCUGAAAGGUGUCAUUAAGGAUCUCCAGGAGCAACUCUCUGCUGGAAGAAUGCAAGAAACGUGCAACCAGGAAAGAGUAAAUCACCAUCAGAGCCGCUGGGAUUCCACCGUGACCGAUUUACGAGACAGACUCGCUGCAGCCGAGGAUAAAAACAUGGAACUCCUUCUGAAGUUAGACGAAGCGUUGAAAGAAAAAGAGCAACAAGCGGUCAGCUACUGCGACUCAGCCUGGAAAACCCAGGAACUCCUGGAGAAACUUCGGACUUCAGAGGAGGAGAGGUCAAAGAGAGACGCAGAGGACAGGACCGAACAGCUGUCGCAGCAGCUGAAGGUCAGAGAAGAAGAGUUGAAGAAGAGUCAAGAGGAGCUGGCCGACGUACGAGCCGGAGCACGAAGCGAACGGGAGGAGGCGCUGGUUCGGCUGGAGGAGCUCCAAAGCGCCGUGGGUCGGAUUCAGGGAGCGCUCACGUUAAGAGAGAAGGAGACCGGGAACCUGAGGGCACAACUUCAGGAUCUGCAAGCUUCUCUGGAGCGUCGGGAACGCCAGGCGGAAGAUCUGAAGAAAAGACUGCAGGAGGAGAGACAUGAGGAGCAGCAGAGGUGUUUCCUGAGCCAGAGCGAGGAGGUGCUGGACCUGCAGAAAGCUUUGAGGAGCAGGGAGAAGGAGGUGGCCAGCAGUUCAGAGAGAAUCAAACACUUAGAGGAGCAGCUGGAGAAGUCAAAUGUUGUUAGAGAUGAAAACACUGACUAUGAAAGCUUGUGCGGGAAAAUGAGGGAGGAAAACCAGCAGCUCCUGCAGGAGGUCAGAAGGAGCGAGGGGAGCAUCACACAGCUGACUGAAGCCAGAGCCGUUCUGCUGGAUCAGCUGGCGGCUUUGAAAGCGUCUCAGAAUCAACUUCAGAGUAGAGUCGAAGCUGCAAACAUGAGCGUGGAAGACAGAGAGAAGGUCCUCUUAGAGGAAAACCUGCAUCUGGAGGAGGCUGUCCAAAAACUGCUCCUCCAGAAGGAGGAAUCGGAACGUCGGGGGAAACGUUUGGAUCAGGAAAACGAGGAGCUUUUACACUCUCAGUCCUCCUUAAAACAGGAAGUGGAUUUGCUCCACACCAAAGCUGAGAAGCUGGAGAAGGAGCUCACCGUGGCCCAAAGACGGCAGGCGGAGCUACUGGAGGAGCUCCAGGAGACGGAGGUGAAGCUGGAGGAGCAGACUGUGAGGUGUGGCCUCCUGCAGGCUCAGGAGCUGGAGAGGAGGAACGGAGAGAAGGGAGCUGCAGAGAGCAACAAAGAGCUGGACCAUCAGACCUCCUCACAAGAGGCUCAGAUGAAGCUGGUCCUCGCAGAGGCACAGCUGGAGCUCCACCAGAAGGAGGUGCUGCGGCUCCAGGAGGAGGUGGUGGAGCUCCGGGCCCAGCUCCUGGCGGGGAACGAAGAACGGGUGAAACUCCAGGCCCUGCAGGAGGUGACGGAGACCUCCAGAGAAGACCUCCGGGUUCUAGCAGAUCAGCUGAAAGCUCAAGUGGAGGAGCUGAACCGCCGACACGUGGAUGAGAUGCUCCGAUCCCGGGAGCGCGAGGAGGCUCUGAUGCAGGAGCGCGACGCUGAGGCGCGAGCUGGCGCCGGCCUGGUGGCAGAGCUGACCUCCUCCAGGGAACAGCUGGAGAAGCUGAAGCAGCGCUGUGAGGCUCUGGGCCUGGAGAACAUGGACUACCAGGAAGCCCUCCACCGGGCCAACACGGAGACGGCCGAGCUGGGCGUGCACGUGUGCAUGCUCACCGCCGACAGCCAGGAGUCCUCUCGGCGCUGGGAGGGCCUGACCACGGAGCUGCAGCGGCUGGAGGAGGACGCCGCCCUGAAGACAGACGGGCUGAACCAACACAUCGAGGAGCUGCGCCAGGAGAACCGAGAGCUGCAGAGACAGAUCCAGAACCGGGACGAGCUGCUUCAGACGGAGCGGAGCGAAGCUCAGAGGGGGGCGGAGGCGGAGCUUCAGAGUCGAGCCGAAACCCACGAAAAGCAUCUUCAGGAAGUGAAGCUGCAGCUCGCCGCCGAGCAGGAGGAAGUUGGGCUUCUUCAAAAUAAACUCCAGCAGUUGGAGGCAGAGAAUCGGAGAUGUAACCAACAGAUGGAGCAGAAAAACCUCCAGAUGGCAGAGACGGCGAAUCUCCUGCUGCAGAGAGAAGAUGAGAUCGCCCGUUUGAACGAGAACUUAUCAAGAUCUGAGGAAAGUCUGGCGGCGGCCCAGCAGACCUGUCAGGAGAUGGCUGAAAACCUACGGAUGCUGAAGCAGGACAAGCAGAGCUUGGAUCUCCGAACAGCCGCCGAACUGGAUGAUCUUUACCGAACCAAAAUCAAUCUGGAGGAGAGGCUGGUGGAGCUGAUCAGGGAAAAGGACGUCCUUUGGCAGAAGUCGGACGCUCUGGAGUUUGAGCAGAAACUGCGGGAUGAGCAGACGGAGCGAGACGUCAACCACUGCCUCGGCUGCCACACUCAGUUCAGCUGGUGGCUGCGCAAAUACAACUGCAGACUCUGUGGUCGUCCCUUCUGUUACUACUGCUGCAGCAACACAGUGAGCACCCAGCAGGGCGGCAGCAGAGAGCACUGCUGCGUGGACUGCUACAACCUGCACAGCGCAGUAGUGGAGCGCCACCCGCAGGAGGAAGUGGCCCACGGCGCGCCGGGAACGCUGAGCCGCCUGCUGCAGGCCGGCCGAGCCGUGACGGGCAUCGCAGGAGGAGAUGGAGAAAAACGACAGGAUGAUGCUGUCUUUGACAUCAUCACAGAGGAGGAAGUGAGCGGCGUCUAUGAGGGAGGCUCGCCGAGUGGCUGCUCUCCUGAUCAUGACCAGGAGGGGGCAGCACAACUGAGCAGCGCUGCAGCAGACGGAGCAUCAGAGGAUCCGGAGGACGUUGGCGCGGCGGUUCAGGACGCAGAGAUCUGCCUGCUGAAGUCUGGAGAGCUCACACUCUCCACGGCCUUCACGGUGGACGACAUCUCUGGGUUUGGAGAAAGUUCCCGGGAGCUCUUCAUCAAGUCCAGCUGCUACAGCGUCAUCUCCGUCAGCAUGAGCGCCGCCGGCCCCACCGUCUGCUGGACCUUCACCUCCGAACCAAAGAGCAUCUCCUUCAGCGUGGUCUACAGGGAGAACGCAGAGACUCCGCUGGAACAGGCGAAGGUUCUGAUCCCUCUGACCCGCUGUAACUCCCACAAAGAGACGAUCCAGGGCGAGCUGAAGGUCCGAAACCCCGGAGAAUACACUCUCAUCUUUGACAACUCCUUCUCCAGGUUCAUCUCCAAGAGGAUUCGCUACCAUCUGACUCUGGACAAACCCGUCAUCUACGAUGGAACCGACCUUCUGUGAGCGGACCGGAGGAGGAGGAGCUUCUGAGGGGAAACAGAAACGAGAGCUGAACUACAGUUAGGUCAAUGAAUAUUAGAGCUACUUUAACAAAAACACUAGAACACGGGAGAUCAGUGUUACAAUGUCUCUGCUUCUCUGAACGUCUUAAAAUACCUUUAAAUGUUUUAAUUCAUGCUUUAAAGUGAAUUAUAAGUCUUUAAGCUACACUUGACUGAAUGACAAAUGAGGUCAACAUCAUUUAAAACACUUUCUUAAAGGCAAUUACAAAGUUGAAAAUAAAUAUUACAGAUAAUAAUUUUAUUUAUUUUUAAAAAUGUGUUACAGAAACAUGAAGCAGCUUGAAAAAAAUACCAAAAUCUGAGUUUGGAGAAUCAUUUUUAAAACAUACUUUCUGUAAAUUUGCACUUUCUAAAAUUCAUCAUUUAUUUAUUUAUUUAUUUAUCUACAAUCAGCAUUAAGUUCUCAAACCUUAAAUCUGCUUCAAGUUUCACUUUAUUUUAUGCAGAUUAGCUGCUACACUUUUAAAAGCCAAUGAAAUGUUGUUUGUAAGUUUAUGGUUAAAAGUUGCAGCUUUUAUUAUACAAGUGGAUGCAUUAGAAAGGGGCGGAGCUAGGAGCUUGUGGCCCCGCCCAGCGUUUUUUCUACAUCACAAAUUCGAUCUUUUUUAAUAAUACACAACAAUUUGAGUAAAAAAUAUUCAGAAGCAUAAUUUAUAUUUUAUUUCUCCUAAUAUAUGUCUUCCAUCAUGAGAAAAAUACCACAAAGACAUCUUAAAAAGACUAUUUUUAUCUGGGUAAGUCUUUUAAACGUACUUAUAAUGAAAUAAUGAGAUUUUCAUCAAAAUAUUUUAUUUAAAAAAGUGUUUCCUGACUCAUCUGUAAUCAUUUAGCAGUCAGAGGAGAAUCUGCUGUCAAACACUGAAAAACUCACAAAAUAUUUUUGUUUUUUAUCACUGUAGAGUCCAGGUGUGUUAUUAGUGAUUUAUAAAACGUUUUCUCUGCCUUUAAUGUAUAAAAACAUUUAAAAAAUGAACUCUUUUAGUAAAAAAAGCUAAAAUAAAUCCAAACUUGACUUGUUAAGAACUGACAUCAGCAAAGCUGAACUUGUGCAACAGUUUUCCCCUGGAAGGGCUUUUAUUUCUCUGUAUCCCAUGAGCCUUUGCAGCGGCUGAAUGUUUGUGUUCCUCUGCAUGUCCAGAGGCCUCAAGAGGGAAAAGUUUCCUUUUUUUAGCAUUACUUGAGACUUUUGACAGAGUUUUAUGGAAGUAUUUAUAAGAAAGAGAUUUGUUUAAUAAAUAGUGAUGAUGUGAUAAAUA